AUGUUGGAAACUUACCUGAACCUCAAAGCUAUAGGCUAUAAUUGGGAAGACCAUCACCUUGAAGAACAUUUUCAAAGUAGUUCAAGACAUGAAAGGCAUUUAAGAAGUCAUAGUGGAGAGAAACCUUUUAAAUGUAAUCAAUGCAGUAAAACUUUUACACAUCACAGUACUUUCCAAUAUCAUAAAAGAACACAUACUGGAGAGAAACCUUAUGAAUGUAACCAAUGUGGUAAAGUUUUUGCAAGAACCAGUCAUCUCCAGUAUCAUAAAAGAACACAUACUGGAGAGAAACCUUAUGAAUGUAAUCAAUGUGGUAAAGCCUUUGCAGGUCACAGUGAUCUCCAAAGACAUAAAUUGACACAUACUGGAGAGAAACCUUAUGAAUGUAACCAAUGUGGUAAAGUCUUUGCAAGAACCAGUCAUCUCCAGUAUCAUAAAAGAACACAUACUGGAGAGAAACCAUAUGAAUGUAAUCAAUGUGGUAAAGCCUUUGCAGGUCACAGUGUUCUCAAAAGACAUAAACUGAUACAUACUGGAGAGAAACCAUAUGAAUGUAAUCAAUGUGGUAAAGCCUUUGCAGGUCACAGUCAUCUCCAAAGACAUAAACUGACACAUACUGGAGAGAAACCUUAUGAAUGUAACCAAUGUGGUAAAGUCUUUGCAAGAACCAGUCAUCUCCAAUAUCAUAAAAUAACACAUACUGGAGAGAAACCUUAUGAAUGUAACCAAUGUGGUAAAACAUUUGCAAGAGCCUGUCAUCUCCAAAGACAUAAAAGAACACAUACUGGAGAGAAACCUUAUGAAUGUAAACAAUGUAGUAAAGCCUUUUCAUGUCACAGUAAUCUCGAAAGACAUAAGAGAACACAUACUGGAGAGAAACCCUAUGAGUGUAAUCAAUGUGGUAAAGACUUUGCACAGUGCAGUACUUUCCAAUAUCAUAAAAGAACACAUACUAUAGAAAAACCUUAUGAAUGUAAUCUGUGUGGUAAAGCCUUUGCAAGAGCCGGUCAUCUCCAAAUUCAUAAAAGAACACAUACUGGAGAGAAACCUUAUGAAUGUAAUCAGUGUGGUAAAGCCUUUGCAGGUCACAGUGAUCUCCAAAGACAUAAAAGAACACAUACUGGAGAGAAACCUUAUGAAUGUAACCAAUGUGGUAAAGUUUUUGCAAGAACCAGUCAUCUCCAGUAUCAUAAAAGAACACAUACUGGAGAGAAACCAUAUGAAUGUAAUCAAUGUGGUAAAGCCUUUGCACAGCACAGUGUUCUCAAAAGACAUAAACUGAUACAUACUGGAGAGAAACCUUAUGAAUGUAACCAAUGUGGUAAAGUCUUUGCAAGAACCAGUCAUCUCCAGUAUCAUAAAAUAACACAUACUGGAGAGAAACCUUAUGAAUGUAACCAAUGUGGUAAAGCAUUUGCAAGACACAGUCAUUUCCAAUAUCAUAAAAUAACACAUACUGGAGAGAAACCUUAG